CUGAUGGUUUGUGGGAAAAAGCUCACAUAUGGUCUGGCCGAUUAGACUUUAAUGCUGCAAUAGCAUCUGCCAGAUAGGAGCAGCGUGAAGAGUCCAUGUGAGAGGUGUGAGGAGUCGCACACAAUGCAAGAGGUCUUUCUGAUGCAGUGCUUAUGGAGGAUGUCCUGGAAUGAGGGGAGAGAUGCCCCUAUGAUGUUGCCGGCUUUUUUGACAAUCCUCUGCAGGCUCUUUUGGUCUGCAACACUGGCACUGCUGUACCAAACAGGGAUGCAUCUGGUCAGAAUGCUCUCUAUGCUGCCCCAGCAGAAAACUGGGAGGAGGGAGGUUUGCUUGCUUCAUGCGUCUUAAGAAGUGAAGAUGCUGCUGUGCCUUAUUGGUGAGGGAGGAGGUGUUGGUGGUCCAGCUUAAGAAUUCACUCCAAAAUGGCGGACAAACAGAAUGAAAGAAACACGAAAAAUGGAUCUGAGAACGUAGGGUGCGAUAGUACUUUGGAAUUGCAUGAGGGUGCUAAACUGAUGCUCGGGAGGAGCUUUGUGUUGACGCCCAAUGCUAUAGAGAAGAAGGAUAUAGCAGAGAAUCGCUGUGUGGAGGUUACAGUAAAGGAUGUGACGGACACCUCGGACAUUUUGGAGUACUUGCAGACUUCUGCCCAUGAGGGGACGGACCUGGAAAGUGACUACCAAGUUAUUAACCAAUAUACCGACGUCAAGCAGUUACUAAAUCGUAACAUCGCAACAUCAUUUGUUGAAACCCCUGGUACUGGUACAACUAAUUAUACUGCCAUGUCCAGUGAGAUUGUAAACACUGUAUUGCCAGAAACAACCACAAUUAUUUAUGUGCAGCCGGACGGCAGUUUUGUAGAAGGCACCGGGUUAACUGCAGAGGAGCAGCAACAACUGGUGGAGCAAUUGGAGAAGCAGCCGUUUUGUGCGAUAACAGAGAGCGAGACUCCUUGUGUAUCUGAACGCCCCCCUGCUCGGCUCGCCCACUGCGGACGUUUGGCCCCAAAAGAGCUGCAACAAGUGAUACAACAAGUUAGCAGAUCACAGAAAUCUGCCAUGCACGUCGAGCAGCACAUCGUGCCGUCGGCCACCCAGUGCAGGAAACCAGCGGCGCCGGCCACGGCCGAGCAGACUACCGCUUAUUUUGCGAUCGAGCCCGCGUCUCUCUUCACGGCCGAAAGCCAGACUAAUGUGACAGUUCAGCCGCAGCGGCAACAGCAGUUGGCUAUCAUGCAGAACGCGUCCCAGCAGCUACAAAACGUCGCCAAGCAAGUGGCGCUCCAGCAGAGUCAGUCGCAAAACGGGACGCAACUGAGGAAGCUGGAACCCAUCCAAAUACAAGUCCAGGUGUCACCAACGCAGGAAGGAAAGGAACGGUCCGUUGCACCAUUGGCAGUAUUCCAGCAAACACACAUGUCUGUAAAUCAGCUAAAUCGCAAAGUGAAUGUCUCUUCAGGUGUAAAUGUCACCUGUCCCCAAAUCAUUCACAUUUCACCAGUGGUUGGGGAGCAGCAGUACAUCCUCCAUAAUGCAGGAGAUGCACCUAUUCAACUUCUCCUUCAGAGACCUGAACCAAUCACAGGAAGUGUUCUCCCUAUAUCUCAAAAGAUACCUCUCCAGACCCCCAUCAAGGCUGUGGUAGCAGAUCCCCUUCAUUCCAAGAUGACCAUGGAUCCUACCCUGGCAAAGAAGGAAAGACAAAGAGAGAAGAAUAAUCAAAAAAGGCCACAGAAAAUUAAGACCCGAUCUGGCCGCGUGUCUAGACCUCCAAAGUAUAAAGUGAAGGACUACAAGUUUAUCAAGCGGGAGGAUCUAGCUGAUGGCCAUCAGUCUGACUCUGAUGACUAUUCUGAGAUAAGUGUGGAGGAAGAGGAAGAUGAAGAAGGAAAAGUCAGUGUGGCUAUUAAUAACUUUAACCUCAACCCUAAAGCAUUCAAAUGUGAAACUUGUGAGAAGGCCUAUAUAGGAAAUGGAGGCUUGUCGAGACACUAUAGGCUAAAUCCUACUCAUAGAACAGCACUUUGCUCUCAAGAGCCUGUAUCAGCCCCCAGGCAACAAAAUACAGUCUCCAAAGUAAGUUCUGGAGAUGCGCCCUCAAUGAUCCCGUCACUGAAAAACACAAACUCUGAGACUGCGCUUGUGCCAGCUACAGCUGGGCAGAUGGUAGACACUGCGUUUCCAUCUACUGCACAGGUUUCAAGUCCUGAAAAAGCCUUGGCACCUCAAAAUGAACAAAAGUCCGAAUCUAUAAAUCCUGAAAGAGCUCUUACAUGCACUGAGCAAAAACUUUCUAGUGGACCUGGCAGACCCAAGGGCCCAGGAAGGCCCGGCCGACCAAAAAUUGCUGCACAUCGUACAAGAAGAGGCAGACCAGGUCGUCCACCUAAACAUUUUGGAGGGUCAAGUAUGGAACAAAAAACUCAAAGGAAUAAAACUCGACUGAAAGAGGUAUUGCAGCAGUGCAAUAAUGAAGAGCUUGUGGAGAUGGUGCUUCCUCGCUUGGCUAAAGUGAUGACAGUAUGGGAGUUCCUGCUUAUGAAGGUGGAGAAAGGUUGCCCCUCUAAGCCUCAUUUUUCUGAUGUGUACCGGGAGUUUGAGCAACUGCAUCGUCAAGUGAAGAAGAUGGCACAGGAUCACUUUGGUAUCCACAAUGAUCCCGGACCUCUGGCUGAUGUGGAACUAACUGAUCCACAGGAAUUCAAGACUUUGCCCCCAGCUAAAAGAUUCAAAUUGGAAAAGGCUACUAUAGAAAGCAAUGGUGUCUGCCUGAAUGAGAACAUGAUUCCGGAUGUUGCUGUGGAUGAGCUGUCUGGGGCACCAGAAAAAGAUACAGACUUGGCAAUGAAUGGAUUUCUGACUCCCGCAUUAGAAGCCAAGGCGUCUGUUAUACAUAAUCACCUGGAGAUCAAGAAGGCGAACACUGGAGAGAGACUAACAGUCACAGAAUCAAAAGAGAGCCAGCUGCAAGUCAUGGACCCCCAACAGGCCCAAAUGAUAGAGACACAGAUGGAAACUGAAACCCCCAAGCCUGAAGUGGUUUUCACUACCUUUGAGACAGACUUUACAGAAGAGGUCUUGGUUGAGGAACAUCUGCCCAGUACCACAGAGACUGAGAAUCCAUCAAGCAAGAUAGACAACUCAAGUGUAAAUACAAGCCCUCCACAACUCAUCUCAGUUGUAACUGAAAAAGGCCAAAGUGGUCUUGACAUGGACACCUCUGAGGUUUUGAAUGAGUCUGAUGUUGCAGCUCACAUGAGCCAUCUUCAGCAGACACUAAGCACAGAUGUCAUCCCUUUGGACCACUCGUACAGGAGUAAUGAUCAAGAACCUCAGCAACCUACUGAGACUGUAAAUGGCCUGGAGCAGGACUGCAGCUUAGGAAGCAGCAUAUCUUUAGGAGGCACAGUGGAAUUCCAACUGGCAGAAGCAAGUCAGAAACAUGACCAUGAGCAGAUCCUUAUACAUACAGAAAAUGGCCUCAUUAUGCAGCACUCUGAAGGAAGCCUUGCCUCUGACCGUAUUGUUAUUGUCACUGACUCCAGUGGUACCACCAUGCAUAUCCGUGCCCCAGAGGAAGUACCACUGGAGACGGUGCAAGCUUUGCUGGGCAUUGAAAAUGGCCAGACAGAAGGCAUCCUAGUCCCUGAGACUCAUCAUUGACAUCUUGCCUAUAUCUGCGCCCACAAUUUUGUUCUGUGAUUUUAUAGAUCUGCAUUUUUUGUAAAUUUGUACAAUUUACUUUCAAAAUGGUUUUUCAAUAUUAUCUGUAUAGCAU